GCUGGUCGCGAGGGGCGCGCUGCUGUCGUCACGGCACAGACGGCUCCUUCGAAAGGUUCGGCGCGCUGGGAGGUGGCCAACGCCCUCACAGCAAUGAAGAGUGUUCGAGUGCUUCACAUCCUUCCGGGCAGCCAGCUCUCUGAGCAUAUCCGUGAGCCAGAUGCCACAAAGGAGCACCCCUCUGUUUCCAAGAAUCAGGGAGCCGAUGCCAAGGCCCCUGCUGUUCCGGCUACGGUUACCACAGAUGCAUCU